AUGCCGUCCCUUAUCAAACAGCAAAUCCUGAAACCCCUGUCCAUAUUUGCAAAAAAUGUUGAUCCUGACCAAAUCAGGCUGAGCGCAUUAAAGGGCGAGUUGAGUAUGGAAAAUUUAGAGCUGAACGAGGAUGUUUUAAUGGAACUUCUUGGUUUCCCUAAAUGGCUUCGGAUAAAAAGUGCGAUCUGUGCCCACAUAUACGUGAAGAUUGUCGAUAGUGUAACAGUGGAGGUUGAGGUUCUGGAAAAAGCGUACCAGAUUAAUGGCAGUGAUUCUGUUCCUAGCUACCGUUUAUCAACCGGACGUUAUGGCAUGGUUGAGCGUGUUAUUGAUGGAAUUUCGAUUCGCAUCCAUGAACUGAUUGCUGAGCUGAAGUCAAAACUUUUUAAGGCCUCUGUCAAUCUUUCUCACAUUUCCAUAUCAAGUAAAAAGCCUAGUUGGGAUUCAGGGCCACUGAAUUUUGGAUUCAUUCCUCUACCGGAAAGAAAUAGCAUUUUAAUUUUCAAGGAGAUCUCCUGGGAGAGCACUCGUUUCGAGGCCGAUGGUUUAGCUGAUCGCACGACACCUAUCAAAGUCAUCAUCAAUCGAGCACGUCUCCGGGUUAUUUUAAAGAAGCAACUUUCAGAUUCCUCAUUCGUGUGCGGAAAGAUGGUUUUGCUGGUGGAAAGUCUUCUGUGGGUUCUCACAGUUUCGCAGUUAGAGGCGGCUAUUGUUUUUCUGAAAUCCAUUAAACAAUCCUUACAACUGUCAGCUGAGUUGAAGAGACGACUUGGGUCAAGUAAAACCAAGCCAACGCCUUCUAGGCUCGGUGGUCCCACGGGUACGGCCCUCAGGAGCGCGUCUCAAGGUCAGCCCGUGGUUGGUCGUGUAACUGAUCCCAGACUUAUACAAUACUUUGAAUUUUACGAUGUGAAGGAGGAUUCUUUCCAUCUCCAAGCUAGUCUUAUUGAAGUCCACUUCUGUGAAGAUACUCUUUGUGCAUCCUCGGUGAGCACGCAACUAGUCAAUGGUGGUUCCGUUCGGAUGACCUUGAGGAAUCUCAAUGUUGAUCACUAUCCAGCUCACCCCAGAACAACCCCUCGGACAGAAUGGAGCAACUACGGUGAGAUCAAUCACGCCCGCACUCAAUGGCUACAGUCCCUAAAACCCAACAGCGAUCCCGACUGCGCCAUUAAUCGCAGCAUUAAAUCACCCCAAGUGGUACCGUAUGAAUCAGUUAUCGUCUUCCGUUUGCAAGAUAUCACUGUCUCUUGCGUGAUGCUGGAAAAUCAGCGAGAGGAAGAGCGCUGGCCUCUACCCGUUGCAAUCACCCGGGCCUACAAGAGGCGCACUAUUAUGCAGGCCUUCGAUGGAGAGCAGCGAAGCCUCACUUCUAACACCUUUGUUGCCUCCGAUACGGAAAUGCACAAACUACCGGUGAAGGCGAACCUAAUUUCGAUUGACUUGACCCAGUGCUUUGCGCUUGGCAACAUCGAUGCAACUUUGCCGAUCAUAUUGUACGCCCAAGUCAAUCCGUUGCAUUUGAAGUUUGACGUUGAUACAAUGAUUUGGCUGAAUGCCUUUUUUCUCAAUGUGACGACAAAUUUGCACUCCCUCUUCGGGGAAUCCGAAUUGUUCGUUGAGCAGGAGACAUCACUUCCUCUCUUCUGUCGUGCGGAGGCUCUUAUGCCAAGGGUUGUGUUUCCGCUGCAUCCCCCACCACCCAAUGCUGCUAGCAGUAAUGCUUCUGACUAUCCCUGGACCGGUCCAUCUGCCUUGGUUGUUCAGGUCGACACAGUAAUUCUGCAAACUGUCCCCAGACCACUGACCACCUCCAUGGCCAAGACUUUGGAGGAUUGUUUGGACAAAUUAGAGAAGCAAUUACAACCCCCACCAACUUGGGGCCGUGAGCACACACCUCCCGAUCUGCCUCAGUUCAGGCGAUUCACUGAUUUGAAACCUCUUUCCCCGCUUCCUGAAGGUGAGCCCAAAGGUUUGCUGGUGUGCGUUCACUGUUCCAGUGUGUGGGCCGAGUUUCUCACAAUCUGCGAGGCAGCCAGACGCCAUCCUACUGCAAACCUAUCCUUCAAGACCUACCGUCAGUCCUUCCUCGAUCCGUCCCCCUUCACUUGUUGGGCCCUAAUCCCCUCUUGGCCGCUCUGGUACCGCCCUCCAUCAACACCUCGCUACCCAGUCACUUGGAGUCCCGGUCUGAGCCGUAGUUUGACCUCUCCACCCUCCCACCCCGCUCCCAUCAAUGUUGUCAUUGAUCUCGACUCCUCAGUCAAUCCCCUCGCCGUUUAUGCCAACAGCAGUACAUCGGUCCGCUCUGCCAGCAAACCAAAAUCUCUUCACUUCACUAUCGGUCAUUCCGGUGCUGUGUUUACCUUCUGUUCGGUGGAACAUCUUCGUUUGCCCGAUGCAGUGGAUCACCUGGUAUUCCUCUACGGUCUUUUCUUCCGACUGGUUCGUCUCAAGGCCAGCAUUGGGCUGGAUUAUAUGGACAACAUGACACGACAGCAGGCGAAUGAGAAUGUGAAGCGGUUCCACGAGUGGGUUCUGACUGCCAAGUGCCUAUUGACUCAUGGAGUGAAAGUGGAAAUUGCCAGUACUGUUGAGUCGAGAUUUAUCGAUCCUCCUGCGGGAUAUGAUAGGGGUGAGAGGGCCUUCGGCUCCUCGCUUUCAUUGGAGUCCUCAGUGAAGACGGACUCGGUGCAAGCUGUGAAGCUUUCAGGAACGGAGGAAUGUUUGAACCGGGUUUCGGAAUUUGGUGGUGGAAGUAAGAAUUUCUUAACUUCCGAACGGAUUACCGCCCUCGAACACGUGGCACAGACAGAUCAUUUUCUGAAAAAUGAGGAAUCAAAGAAUUUGGAAAAAACUCCUGGUCUGCACAGUGUUUCUUCCUUGGUAUCUUUGGACAGUGAUGGUUACACUCUCGACGACUCAAACACCAUCGCCCACUCCGAUUCCUUUGAGAUCCCCCUACUUGACGACGAAGCAUUUAAUGAAGUGUCUACCAGCUCAUUCGAUGAAAUUGUCCCCGAGGAAGUGGGCAUUGAUGUGGCAAACAGUGAGGAAGUAGAGGAGCGCUCCAACACCAUCAUGGAUGAGGAGCAGGGUGUUAAUUUCCCCCCUUGGAAGGUGCAACGCCUCAUGCUGGAUUUUAACAGUCUGUCUGUCGACGCUGACAUCACGACGGUCGAGGCCCGCUUGUGGUUUGGCGUGGGCUCUGUGAGUUUCUUCGAUCCCGACGACAUCGAGGACGACUCCUUAGACGACGCUGACGCCAACAGCAACUGUAGCAACACAUCCUUCGACCAGCCUGCCUUUCUCAUCGCACUCCGCUUUGGCGGUGACGCACUUCCAGGGCAACCGCAUAGCCUUAGCACCCCCUACAACGGCUGGUUAGCAGUGCAAGUGAAGAUGCUCCAAGAGACCACCCUCUAUCCGGUGCCUACUGCAUGGGAGGUCGUGGAGGCCCUACUAGGCCACCUCACCUCAAGGGGUGGGGUGCGUGCAUGCAAUCGUAUGAUCACUAUGGGACCCGGUGCGGGUUCAAUUCCCUUGCACAAUCCGCCGCAGCUUUUGGAUCUCACAUUCUGUCUGGAGAGGGGUCACCUGGUUCUUGAUAUGACUGCGAGACCGAGGCGCUGGUGCAGGAGGUCGCUUGGGGACUCCACGCCGAUGCAGAAACGGUCCAACGCAGCCGUUCAGAAGAUUAAACUGUUACAAGGAUUCUCCGCCUCCCUUAACAGCGAUGGUGUGCUUGAAGUGAGAGGCGCAAUGCCGACUGACAGUUCGCCCCCCUCUGUCAGUCGUUCUUUUAUUCCCACCGUCAGUGCCACCACCUCCUGCAUGAACUCCCCCCCACUACCGCCUCGGCGUCCUCCUCCACCAUCUUCGCUCCUCCGACGACACAACCUCCCUUCACUAACCAAUUUACAAGACUCAAUGGCUGAGGAGAAUGCGAAGCUGCGGCUUAUGGUCGAACGACUGAACGCGCAAGUACUGGCCCUCACCAUGGAUUUAACCAAGUUCAAAACGAAAUACCCAGCCUAG